AGAUUUUUGUUUUCAUCCAUCAGUCCUGUGCUCUUCGGAAACACACUAGCGCAACGACACACACACAUACACACAGGCGUAGUCAUCAACACCUAUAUUUCUCUAUACCCCUACUGUACUCUCCAUCUUCUAUUUUUUUUCCUCUAAAGUACCACUACCCUUCUGUUUUACUGUACCAGGUUCUGUUGCUUGCGCUGCCGCAUCUCACGGAACCGAUUGCCCGAUCCGUUUUCGUCAACAUUUAUACGCUGUCUUCUUCUCAGACUUUCUUGUUUUUCUUCCCUUCUCUUCUCUCCUUCUGCAACUCCGAAAAUGGGGUGCUGCCAGUCCAAGGAUAACACGAAGAAGCCGAAGGGGACGGCGAAUAAGGCGGCGGAGCCGAAGCCCGCGAAGCAGGCGCCACGGGAGAACGAGAAGCGUGAGGCCGCCGCCCCGCCCCCCGAGGCUGCCGCGCCAGAGAAGCCGGCUGACCCAGCCGCGGAGCGCAUCCGUGCGAUCCGCGAGCACCAGGAGGAGUACCCCUUCCGCUACAACGCCUGCACGGUCGAGGGCGGAGAGGUGAAGGAGUACUUCGAGAACGGCCUCGUCUUCCGCGUCAUUAAGGGCGACUCGUGGUACGUCUACAACGACUCCCUCGACUACGAGGCGCAGGCGGACUUCCGCUUCGGUCCGGGCUCGAAGAUCUCCGCCGGCGAGCGGACGACACUGGAGGAGACGGAGGACGGGUGGGUCUGCGCCCACGCUGUCGUGCACCCCCUUGAGACGCUGCACUACAUCUCUGGCACGCCGAACGGCUACAAGAGCGGCAUCACCAUCAAACCCCUCAGCGACGAGUACCGCCACGAGAUCGCAGCCGAGGCGAACCACACGGCCGAGGAGGAGACGUCGGCCGUGCGGGAACUGGUCGGCGCGGAGAGCGACGACGAGGAGAAGGUGCUGCGCCGCUGCGUGGAAACGCGCACCCCCUACGUCGACCUGCACUUCCCUCCGCACGCCGAGUCGCUCGCACGCCCUGAGCACGACGUGCGGAGCCUACCGGAGAUGGCUUUCAUGCGGCCCACGCAAUACCUGCCGGAGGACAAGCAGGCGUCCGUCGAGGCCAUUGCCGGGCCAGUCGUCAGUCACUCCGUCGACGGCGGCAACCUCGGCGACUCGUGGCUGACGUGCGCGCUGGCCGCUCUGGCCGAGGAGCCGACGGCGGUGCAGAACUUGUUCGCGCAGGUCACGCCCGCCGAGAAGGACGUCGGUGCGUACCGCGUCAGUCUCAACAAGAACGGCUGGUGGGAGUCCGUCAUCGUGGACGACUACCUGCCCACCGUGAACAAGAUGCCCGUCUUUGCGCACAGCGUCGACGAGCCACGCGAGGUGUGGACCUCGCUGCUGGAGAAGGCCUACGCGAAGGUGCACGGCUCGUACGCCACCAUCACCGGCGGCGACGCGCUGCAGGCGCUGGCCGACUUCACCGGCUCGCCGGUCUUCCGCUUCGACAGCGACUGGGCCGCGGCGGCCGUCGACGCCGGCAAGGCGGACACCCUCGUGGGGAUGCUCGCCGAGGUGACGCGCAACAACGGCGCGACGGUGGUGCUGAGCACGCCGAGCCACGACUCCGGGACCUACCUCGGCCGCGAGGCGCAGGUGGACUCCAACGCCUUCCGCGAGAAGUUCACCGAGGUGGGUUUGCGCACUGGCUACACGUACUUCGUAGAGCGCGUCGUCUCCGUCAAGAAGAGCCGCACCCUCCUCUUCAAGGUGCGCAAUCCAUGGCGCUCGACCGGCAGCUGGACCGGCCUGUGGUGUUACGGCUCGCCGGCCUGGGAGGAGAACCCGGACGUCUGCUCCGUCUGCGACGGCAUGAACGACGCGAAGGAUGGCAGCUUCUGGAUCGACUUCGAGGACGCCAAGAAGUACUUCGACGGCGGCGGUAUCAUCCUGACGGUGAAGGGUGCGACGGACUACCGGGUGAAGGGCAGCUUCAAGGACACCGUGCCGAGCGCGGUGCUCGACAUCACGGCCGCCGAGCCCAUCCGCGUCCUUCUCACCCUCUCCCAGCCCGACAAGCGCGGCGUGGAGCGCAGCGACCCCUCCUGCCGCCUCGCGCCGAUCAUGCUGACCCUGUCGAAGCAGGACGGCGACAAGCAGCGCGUGGUGCAAAAUACUAGCUGGAACCCGCUGCACCCGUCCGAGGAGUUCAACUUUGUCGUGGGCCGCGAUGUCGCGAUGUGGGCCACGCUGGAGCCCGGCGAGCGCUACCACGUCGUGCCGCGCAUCCACCGCAAGGGCGUGAGGACGGACUACCACCGCCCGCACGUCAUCGGUAUCAUCGCGGACGGCCGGCUGGACGGCAAGGUGCACAUCGAGGUGAAGCACCUCCCGGCCGAAUCGAGCGUCUUCACGAACUACGUGGCGUACGCCGCGACCGACCUGGCUUCGGUGGACGUGCAGCACCAGGUGCACACCGCCGGUGCACCGCUGAAGACCGCCGUCUCGUCCACGGUGGUGUCCGCGGCUGCGGCUGUGGCGCCGCGCGGCCCGCCUGCGAAGCGCGAGCCGUCGCCGGUGCACAGCGAGGGCGGUGCGUCGAACGACAACAUCCAGGGCUCUGAGCACGUGCAGAACCCGGGCGCUAGCGACGAAGAUUCCGAGCUGUAA